AUGUCUUUGGCUGCCCAGAAGCAACCUAAGGACUUGCCAAGUCUUCUCUUUUCUGACUUUAUGCUCUUUUGUUCUUUCCUUCUCUCUCACCCUCUGUAUUUCUCUUACUUCAUCUUCUUCUCCCCUUACCUCUUCAAGGUUUUCUCUUUCCUUUCCCCUCUCUUCGUCACCACCGCCCUUUUGCUUCUUGCCUUUCUUACUCUCACUCCCACAUUUUUCAACCAUGGUGGGGCUUUCCACCUCGACAGCUCAUCGGAUUCCAAGGCAAGUUUCCUGCUUACUGCCUACCGAACGCUUGUUGAAACGUUGAGGUCUAAAGUUGACGAUGCUGAUGGCUUUGGAUGCUUCGAAGAGCUUGAAGCAUUUAAGAUCAUGUUUGAAACAUCGACUACUGUCGUCGAAACUUGUGAAAAUCCAGAUGAUGUUUUGGCGGUGGAGUCCCAAGGAGAGUGCUUUCGAGCUGUUGAAGCUUCCAUCGACCAAGGUCCGAGCUUUGAAAACGAUGGUAGCCUAGGUAUGGCUGGAACGUCGACGAGGAGUACUGCUUUAGAUGAAAAACCAGCAGAGAUUAGGCGACCGGAAACGAAUCAGGUAAAGGCGGUAGUGAAGAUCUUUGAAGACUUUUUGCAGGAAAAAGAUGGGGUUGAAAAUUUGUCGUCCAAAAAGACAGACAAAGAGGUCAAGUCACUAAGCGUGGAGUCCAAUAAAGGUGAUGAACAAAAAGAAGAAUUCAUGAGAAGGGGAUCCGAGGCUAAUAAAGUAAGUGAUCCUCCUAAAGUGAUCAGUGCUGAUAAUGGAUUUGAGCACGCUGCCAAAGCAAUGGUGAAUGAUUCCCCGAGAGUGAGAGGUGAAUGGGGUAGUAAAAAUGGAGACAAUUAUAACUACCAAACAAUGGGAUCAAAUCUAGGCAACUUUGGGUCGAUGAGGAAACAAAAGGAGUGGAAGAGGACAUUGGCAUGCAAGCUUUUCGAAGAGAGACACUCACACAACGUUGCUGAUGGUACUGAAGGGAUGGAUUUGCUUUGGGAGGCAUAUGAAACCGACUCCCAUUCCCAUAAUAAAGUAGAAAUGAGAAGCAGCUCAAAGAAAGGAAAGAAAGGUGGCAACAACAAAGAUUACUGCUACGAUAAUGAUAAUUAUGAUGAGGAUGAGUAUGAGGAAGAGUCCAAUGGGCAAUUGUGCUGCUUACGGGCUCUCAAGUUCUCAGCUGGGAAGAUGAAUUUGGGAAUGGGAAGGCCUAACCUUGUCAAGAUCUCAAAGGCCCUCAAAGGGAUUGGAUGGUUGCACCAUGUUAGCAGCAGGCAUGGCAAGAAAGGGUACCACUGA